AUGUCGACCACCACUCUUUCAAACCCUUCGCCGUCAGAGUCCUGGAGCCCAGGAGCUUUUCCCUCGAUUAAUACUACGGCCAAACCCUCCGAGAUUGCAACACCUCCGUUAUCGAACGACCGGAUCACAACUCCUUUCCCCGGCAGAGCAAACCCGGACAGCCAGCCCGGACAAACUCCUAGUCCAAGCUACUUUAAUAUUAUUGGAGAUCGCACCUCCCUGCACCUUCAUUUCACGCCUCAGCUUCCUACAGACGGCGGCCCGUCGCCGCAUUGCUCCUUCGCAAAAACACAAAGGCACCUGCCGUCCACGCCGGCACGAGACAUCUCGCGCACAAGCGAUGGCCCUCCCGCUGUCGCGUCCACCCCAUGGCACAAUACACCCACUGUCGCCCAGCAACAGGAUUCCUGCCUAAAUGAUAAACAGCUAGGAACGUUGACGCCCUGGGCAUGGGCACCGUCUGAUGCCAGUAGCCAGACUAUAUCCACAAUGCACCUCUCCCGCUCCAGUAGCCAAAGCCAUCAUACCUCGUCGUCGUCGGCACCUUCUUUAUCCUCCAUCACCGGGACUCCAGGCCUUAGACGAUCCGAAACCUCACCGCCGUCGAUUGAUUCUGGCGGUAUCAAAAUAAUUUCUGGUGACUGCUGUAAGGACUUAGUCACUUCUCAUUCAGACACCACUCUCUUUUUGGAUAUCCGCCCCUACCCCCAGUAUUGUCGAGGCUGGAUCAAAGGGGCGUUAAACUUAUGCAUUCCGACUACCUUACUUAAAAGGCCAUCAUUUAAUCUGCAAAAACUCCAGGAUACUCUCGCUGGCGAUGCUGAGAGAACAAGGUUUUCUAAUUGGCGAAAUAGCACACGGAUCGUGGCAUACGACGCGUCCACUUCGCUCUUAAAAGACGCGACCUCACUAAUCAAUGUUUUGAAAAAAUUUACGAACGAAGGUUGGAUGGGCGAACCUCUGAUUCUACGGGGCGGCUUCUCGCAAUUCUCAGAACAAAACCCUACUCUGGUGGAUCGGAAACAGGAUACGCCUGCCAUCGUAACUAGGCAACCCCUCUCUAUCAGCUUGUCACUGCCCGGAAUAUCCGGAGGCUGUCUGCUGCCCCAGCCCAACCCCUCGAUUAACCCCAUGUAUAAUAGUAUCCGCCUGUGUACAGACCUGAACGAUGGUGUUGGCCAAAUCCCGCUCAAACUACCCAAGCACUUGUCAGAACAUGUGAGGAAAUCAUUCCCCUCCUGGCUUGUCCAAGCAUCCGAGACUCGAGAUUCCGGGAAGCUAGUAUCCUCUAGGUUCCUCCAGAUAGAACGGUCGGAGAAGGCUCGAAUGGAAGAAGCCCUAUCGGAUUCUGGGACAUAUAGCAGGCCAUCGAUGAAAACCCCGCGGUCUUCAUAUCGCAUUGCGGGCAUUGAAAUGGGCAGCAAAAAUCGAUAUAGCAACAUUUACCCUUACGAACACUCACGCGUCAAGUUGGGGAACGCCGUGCAAUGCAACUGUGAUUACGUAAACGCAAGCAAUGUCAAGGCCAGCCGGUCGAACAAACUAUACAUUGCGACGCAGGCUCCUCUUCCAUCGACCUUUAAAGACUUUUGGCAUGUCGUUUGGGAGCAAGAUGCACGAGUCAUUGUUAUGCUCACUGCCGAGUCGGAGGGCCCCCAGCUCAAAUGCGACCCAUACUGGCGCUCUUCAAACUAUGGGCCACUGCGUGUUGAGCUUAUUAAUGAAUCAAAAGUCCCACUGAAUAUCGGGCGUUCGCCCGGCUCUCCAAACAAACGAACACACAGUCGACGGGAAUCUACCGCUCCAGCAGGAGCAGAAGAGCCCUAUAUGACAGUUCGGCAUAUCACAUUGAUCCACAGCUCUCUGCCAUUCGAGCCCAUGCGCGAAAUUACUCAGCUGCAGUAUUCAAAUUGGCCCGAUUUCGGCGCCCCCGCUCAGCCAUCACACCUCUUACGGGUGAUUGAAGAGACCAACAGACUGUCGCAUAUUAACAGCGGGCGACCUGCCGUCUCUGUAUUAAACGAUCCGGAGCCUCCAUCCCCGCGGAAAAUCAUCGUACAUUGUAGUGCAGGGUGCGGGCGCACCGGCACCUUUUGCACCGUAGACAGCGUCAUGGACAUGCUCCGGCGCCAAAAGCGACAGGGGGAAAACGAAGACGAGUGGGUCUACGGCAACGACACGGAUCUCGUUGCGAGCACGGUGGAGGAUUUCCGUCGCCAGCGACCGUCCAUGGUGCAAAGCCUGCGGCAGUUUGUGCUGUGCUAUGAAACUAUUCUAGAAUGGCUGGCGUCUCAGCCGGAAUACAAAAAUAAAUAA